GGAAUCCCCACCCUCCUGAUGGCUGCUGGAAGCUUUGAUGUUAUUCUCGCCAUAACAGGAUUCUCUACUUGUUUGGGAAUCGCCUUCUCUACAGGUUCUACAUGGAUGAACAUACUGAAGGGUCUGCUGGAGGUGGUGGGAGGCAUCGUAGCUGGUAUGAUCCUGGGCGUGUUCUUGUACUGCUUCCCCAGCAAUGACCAGGAGGAUCUGGUAUUGAGGAGGACCCUCAUGUUGCUGGGUCUGUCCACAUUUUCAGUCUUCUUCAGUAAUGCUAUUGGUGCUGCUGGAGCUGGAAGUCUCUGUACACUGGUGCUGGCUUUCCUGGCAGCACUGGGCUGGAAGACCGAAAAGGCACCAGUAGCAGAAAUGGUGUGCCGGUCAUGGGAUGUGUUUCAGCCACUUCUCUUUGGUCUGAUUGGAGCUGAGAUCACAAUUAAAGCCCUCAGCCCAAGUACUGUGGGUCUGGGUAUGGCCUGCAUUCUUAUUGGUCUGGUGAUCCGUCUACUUGUCACCUUCCUGUUGGUUCAUUAUGGAGGAUUCAGCUUAAAAGAGAAGCUCUUCAUUUCUGUGGCCUGGCUACCUAAAGCUACUGUGCAGGCUGCCAUUGGUUCCAAGGCAUUGGACAUGGCGAGGGAGAAAGGGGACGAGGCCUUAAUUAAGUUUGGUUUGGACGUGCUAACAUUAGCAGUGUUAGCCAUCUUGACCACAGCUCCAGUUGGUGCACUGGGUAUCGGACUGGCAGGACCACGUCUCCUGGCCCGGCAGGUCAAAGCAGAAGAGACAGAAGGUGAAGCUACACCAUCCUACCGCAACGGGGUUGUUCAAGAAAAAGACAACGGGACUCUCGAGAGCAAGCUAUGA